AUGUCGGUGUCAGCGGGAGAGACUCUCACUCUGACCUGCUCUCAGACUGGGCUCGUUCCACCAGGACCCGUGAGGUGGUUUAAGGGCUCGGGCAGUGGCCGCCAGCUCGUUUAUGCAGAUGAAGGAUCAUCCCCCCGGGUGACACGGGCUGUGAGUGGCUCUGACACAGACUUCACCAUCCACAUCAGUGACACCCGCCCCGAGGACGCUGGGGUCUAUCACUGUGUGAAGUUUAGGACGGUGUCGGGACCUGAUGAGGAGUUCAGAUCCGGCUCUGGCACGGCCGUGUCUGUGAGCGGUAGGUGGCCGUUAGCCAUCCCAGCUCUCUGGAUCGGGCUCUUCCUGCAGAAGGUGCUGAUUGCCGCCUUCCUCCUCUUCUCCUUCCUCUCCACGAUGAGCAAAGGCCCGAGGGCCGUUCCCUGGUUUUCUCGCACCGCCGCUGCCUGCCAACGUCUCCGUCUGCGCCUCUGUCCCCGCAGGCCAGGGAAUGAGUCCACUAUGGAUGCACCUGCAGUGAGCCCUGCUGGUCGGGCAGAGGGAGCCCAGGCCUGAUGGGAUGUACCCGCAAACUCACCCACCUCCUGAUGGAGCAGCCGACAGGGAAUUCCUGACGUGGCUCCUGGCCCCUCCGCCCGUCUCUCUGCACUGUCCGCACUGACCGUCACUUCAGGGAGCAGAGCUCAAACAAGAGAAAUUUAAUUAUUGAUUUUAUUCCUUUCAGAUGGAGUGAAAUGCAAUUUACUCCUGUGUAACAGGUGGUGGGCUGGGACCCGGUGGCCCCACAGCAGUGCUCCUGAGUCCUGUGGGUUCGACCCAGAGGCUCAGACUCUUGCCCCCUGGGCUGGCAGGAGCUGGGCGUUUUGCAGAUGUGACCCUGUGACCUGACUGGAAGGAACUAGUCAUGGAUUGUUACCGCUGGGUCUGCCCCUGACCAAUCUCGGGAGCACCCUGGAGAGGGGGGUUUUAAAUGAUAUCGUUCUCUGGGAAGAGGCCAUUGGGCCUGACUGUGAGGAUCACAACACAGUGUGAUAAAUGGAAGCCCUCCCCCCACAUUAAUCACCCACUUCUCUGCUCCGGGCAACCUCCGAAGAACAAACUCACUGCGCGCACCUGGGCUGAUGCGAGCAGGGAGCUCACAAUCCAUGGAGCUUUAUUACGCCUUUCCUGCUACUUUCAGACUGGCUGGAGCCUCCUGCCUUCAUGAGUGGGCAGCGGGUAACUCGGUAAUCACUUCUCAUUGAAGAGAGCUGCGCUUACCCGGACACGCAGAGCCCUCGAGCCGACCUCCCACAGAGGAAGGGCUAAUUGUCCCAUGUAGUCAGUCAAGGACAACAUCAAGCAUUCUCGGUGGGCACAGGUUGUGGGGACUUGGACUGAGAAUUUCCUAGUGUUUUGAGAUCUGGGUUUGAUGCCCACACUCCUGAAAGCCCUGGGGAGCUGGCAGUCGCUCUGUGCAGCAACGACCUUAACGCCCCCUGAGUGACGUGUCUGUAAGUGAGGAGCUAAUGCAAUGGCUGAUCAGUG